CAGUCCCCCACCGCGCAGUCCUAGCGCGCCCGCAGUUACCCGGUGACGAACGACGAGCUCCCCCUCUACGCGGCCCCAAAUCGACGCUCGCCGCCGCAUGAUCCGCGCACCUCGCCUCCUCCCCGAGCACUUGACAUCGCCAAUCCACCGCCGCGUCCCCCUCCUUCCGUACCCGCCUCGCUUCCGACGCUGCUCCCGCGCGCUGCCCGCCGCCUCUCUCGCCGCACAAACCCUAUCCCCGACCCGCCGCCUCGCGUCGUCCGGCCUUGCCCCGUUCGGCCUGCUGAUGGAUCCGGCCGUGCCCGCCCCCGUCCCCACCCCCGCCCUCGCACCCGUCGCCGACGCCCACGCCGAGACCAACGGCGAGAGCGUCGGAUACGAGGACGCCGCGGAAUUCGAGGACGCGGAAGUCGGGGGCGAGGUCGCGGGAGCCGGGAUGACGCCGGCGGCGGGGGACGAGGAGGAGAGGAGGGAGCUGCCCGAGGAGCUCGCCAAGGGGGUAGUGUGCCUCGAGUGCGAGACGUCGACCGAGGCGGCCGCGGCGGGGGUCGGCGGGACCUGCCGCGUCUACGUCGUCGGCACCGCCCACGUGUCGCAGGAAUCAUGUGAUCAAGUGAAAGCUGUCAUAAACUACCUGAAACCUCAGGCUGUUUUCUUGGAGCUCUGUGCCAGCAGGGUUUCAAUUUUGACACCACAAAACCUUCAGGUUCCUACUAUGAAUGAAAUGAUUGACAUGUGGAAGAAGAAGAAGAUGAACACUUUUGGGAUUAUUUACAGCUGGUUUCUUGCAAAGGUUGCCAGCCAACUUGAGGUGUUACCUGGAGCUGAGUUUCGGGUGGCAUUCGAGGAAGCAAUGAGUUAUGGUGGCAAAGUUAUCCUUGGAGAUCGCCCUGUCCAGAUCACUUUAAGGAGGACCUGGGGAAAGAUGUCACUGUGGCACAGGGCAAAAUUUUUGUACUACAUUGUUUUCCAGUCCAUAUUUUUACCAAGCCCGGAGGAACUUAAUAAGAUGUUGAAGGACAUGGACGAUGUUGACAUGCUAACACUUGUUAUUCAAGAGAUGAGUAAGGCAUUUCCUAGUUUGAUGGAGACACUUUUACAUGAACGUGAUAUGUAUAUGUCUUCAAAAUUAUUGAAGGUGGCGAGGGAACAUUCUUCUGUAGUUGCGGUUGUAGGAAAGGGGCAUGUUUCUGGAAUAAAAAAACAUUGGCAACAGCCAAUUCAGGUAAGAAGUUUACUGGAAUUACCAGCAGCUAAUCAAGGUGCUUCGAAGCUGAAAAUUUUGGCAUCCAUUGGAGCAUUGAGUGGUGUAAUAAUAGCAUCCGGAGUGUAUCUAUGGUGUAAAAAAUGACAAUGUGCGCAGCGAGGUUUUGUUCUGUUCAGCGUGUCUUAGUCUCAUAAGGAGGUAUUUAGUUUACUUGUAAUUUCUUUAUUUUUUACAUAGAUGUAAUUUUGAAAAUUAAAGUUAAACAAAUGAAAUAACAGAACUAGAUACCGAAAUGUGGCUCUUUGCACAGCA